GGGGUGGCCGCCGGUCGCCGUCGCGGAUGGGGGUGAAGAACCUGUGGGAUAUCCUGGAGUCGUGCAAGAAGAAGCUCCCCCUCCACCACCUCCAGAACAAGAAGGUGUGCGUGGACCUCUCCUGCUGGCUCGUCCAGUUGUACACCGCCCACCGCUCCCCGUCCCCGGACAAGGUCUACCUCAAGAACCUCUUCCACCGCAUCCGCGCCCUCCUCGCCCUCAACUGCACCCUUCUCUUCGUCACCGAUGGGGCGAUACCUUCAGUUAAGCUGGCCACCUACAGGCGUCGCCUCCGACCCCCGACUUCUCAUCAGCCUGCUCCAGACCACCCCGACCCAUCCAUUUCGCUGCGUCGGAAUAAGGGUUCCCACUUCUCCUGCAUGAUUAAAGAGGCCAAGCGUCUCGGGAUGGCCCUCGGCAUCCCUUGCUUGGACGGAGUGGAGGAGGCUGAAGCACAGUGUGCAUUGUUAAAUUUAGCCUCAUUGUGUGAUGGCUGUUUUACUUCGGAUUCGGAUGCAUUUCUUUUUGGUGCUAGGACAGUUUAUAGAGAUGUUUUCAUAGGGGAGGGUGGCUAUGUCAUUUGCUAUGAAAUGGAAGACAUAGAGAAAACACUUGGAUUUGGUAGGAACUCACUGAUAUCACUUGCAGUGCUCCUUGGCAGUGACUAUUCUAAUGGAGUUAACGGUUUUGGCCCAGAAACAGCAUGCCGGCUUGUUAAGUCUGUAGGGGACAAUUCAAUUCUUGAUCAGAUUUUGUCUAAUGGGGUUAAAGCUACAAGAAAAUGUAGAGGGAAAAAUAUUGGAAACAAGGCGGAUGACAUGUGCCCCAAAGCAAGUUCCUGCGAGGUUGGGAUGACCCAAGACUCUGAUGGUCAAUUUCGUGAUGUAAUAAAUGCAUAUCUGGAGCCAAAAUGUCACUCACCUGAUUCGGAAGCUGUGCAGAGGGUACAAGGACAACAUCCAUUUCUUCGCCCACAGCUUCAACAAAUAUGUGAGGAAUAUUUUGAUUGGAGCCCAGAGAAAACUGAUCAAUAUAUACUUCCCAAGAUUGCUGAGAGAGAACUUCGGAGGUUUUCAGACCUUCGUUCUGCGUCAUCAGCACUAGGAAUAAAGCCUUUGUUGAGUGAGAUUCCAGUACCAUGCCCUGUAUCUGCAAUUGUAAAGCAGAGAAAAGUUCAUGGGAAAGAAUGUUAUGAGGUUUCGUGGAGAAAUAUAGAUGGACUCCAAGUUUCAGUUGUUCCUGGGGAUCUUGUUCGAAGUGCGUGCCCAGAGAAAAUAGCAGAAUUUUUAGAGAAGAAGGGUGAAGAGAAGAAGCAGAAGAGGAGAGCAAGGUCAAAAAAAUCAGGGCAAGCUGCAGUGAGGGAUGUUGAUGAACGGCUCCAAGAGCUGCUGCUUGGUAUUGAAGGCGAUAGCGGCGUCCUACUGGGUGGUAGAGCCAAUGGGCCUCAGAGUCUGACAGCAGCCCACAGUGUGGAAGAUAUAGUUGAUCUGUCCUCUCCAUCUCCUCCUGUUCGGAAGGUUUCAAAGUCCCAAAAGAUGACGGCUGUGGAUGUGGAUGUCAAUGGGAUUGAUCUUGGGUUUCAAACUAAGCUGGGUGGUAUGAAUAUGAAGACGAAUACACAAUUCAGGAGUGAUGCUGACAACGUGAUUGAUCUGUCUUCACCCAAUCCUGCUGCUGGUAUUAGACCUGGUUCCCACACUGGCAUUGUUGGCAAGGAGGAUGGAGCAGGAACAGAUGGUGGCACCAUCGACCUAUCCUCUCCGUGGCCGGCGAGAUCAGGUGGGCAUGAUGAUGAUGAUGAUGAUGUAAUACACGAUAGGAAAGCGAGGGAGCUGAGAUUGUUCCUGGACAGCAUAAGGAACGAACUGUAUUGAUUGAUUGAUUGAUCGAUCGAUGGAUCAAUUAAUUCAUGGAUUAUUAUUAAUAAGUAGCAAGGGAGUUGAGGGCGUAGGCCCUGAGCAUGAGGAGGGCGUGGGCGAUGACGCCGCAGAGGAAGCCGAGCGCGGCGCUGGAGCCCACGAGCGACAC